GAAAAUCACAAGGGAAAUGUGUUUCAGUAAUGUGGAUCAUCUUUCAGUUAAGAUGCUGCUGUCUAGACAUUAAUGGAAUGUUUGGUUCAUUAAUAACUGGAGAGAGGUGCUUUAAUCUCCAGAAAUGUAACACAACUAUGGUGUGAAAAUGUGUCCAAAUAGAAUGUUUCACAUUCAAAUUUAAUAUUUAAGAAUAUCAAAGUUUCAUAUUUAAGAAUAUCAAAGUUCUAGCAGCACUGUCUGAAAGGGAGUUUUGCUGGACUAAAAGGAGUGUCUGGUUUUAAGAGUAAUUUGAUAUAUAAUCACAUUCUGUGAGUUCCUGGAGUGUUGUGUCUAUAAUGAGUGCCAAAGAGAGAAGAGGAGAAGCGGGUGCUGUUCGGACAAAUAAAGCAGUAUCUCCAAAACCCUGUCUUGAGUCUAUGAAGAGCUUCGAGUCCAUUGGCAGCCCCCCUAAUAUUAGUGAUUCCAAUUCCAGCAGUUCCUUCAAAAAGGAGGGUGCUGUUCAGACAUAUAAAUCAGCAUCUCAGAAACCUUGUCUUGCUUCUAUGAAGAGCUUCGAGUCCAUUGGCAGCCCCCCUAAUAUUAGUGAUUCCAAUUCCAGCAGUUCCUUUAAAAAGGAGGGUGCUGUUCAGACAUAUAAAGCAGCAUCUCAGAAACUUUGUCUUGUGUCUAUGAAGAGCUUUGAGUCCAUUGGCAGCCCCCCAAAUAUUAGUGAUUCCAAUUCCAGUGAUGCCUUUAAGGAGAAGGAAGAUAAAGCAGCAUCUCCAGAACCCAGCUGUGUGUUUAUGAAGAAUAAUGAAUCUGUUGGAAGCCCCCCUAAUAUUAGAGAUGGAGCAGUGACUUCUGACCCUGACAAGAAGCACGUGAAAGCAGCAGCCCUGCAGAAAGACACGCUGUUGGAGGAGACUGAUGACAUGCAGCACAAUUCUCUAAAACCAGUGGAUGACGUCUUACAGAGAGCCAAACACCAACACAAAACCAGCAUGAAGAAAAAGUAUGAGAGAUUAUUUGAGGGAAUCAAGCUAGAAAAGAAUCAAACCCUCCUGAACAGGAUCUACACACAGCUCUACAUCAUAGAGGGAGAGAGUGAAGGAGUGAAUGAAGAACAUGAGGUUUUGCAGAUGGAGAAAAGACCCACAACACAAGACACUCCAAUUUACUGCAAUGACAUCUUUAAAGGAUGUGAGGAGAAAGAUGAAAUCAAGACUGUUCUUACUAAAGGCAUCGCUGGAAUUGGAAAAACCGUCUCUGUGCAGAAAUUUAUUCUGGACUGGACAGAGAGAAAAGCCAAUCAGGAUGUAGAUUUCAUCUUUGUGCUUCCAUUUCGAGAGCUGAACUUGAUUAAAGAUCAUCAGUACAGUCUUCACAGACUUCUGCUGGACUUUCAUUCUGAACUUCAAGAUCUGGACUCAAAGAUUUAUAUGGACUGUAAAGUUGUGUUCAUCUUUGAUGGUCUGGAUGAAAGCAGAAUUACACUAAUGUUUAGAGACAGACAGAAAGUUUGUGAUGUGAAUAAAUCUUCAUCAGUGGGUGUGUUGAUGUCAAACCUCAUUAGAGGCGAUUUGCUUCCCUCUGCUCUCAUCUGGAUCACCUCCAGACCUGCAGCAGCCAAUCAGAUUCCCUCAAAAUACAUUAACCGUGUGACAGAAAUUCAGGGAUUCAAUGAGCCUCAGAAGGAGGAAUAUUUCAGGAAGAGAAUUAGUGACAAGCACCAAGCCAGCCGAAUCAUCUCACACAUUAGAAGAUCAAGAAGCCUCAACAUCAUGUGUCACAUCCCCGUCUUCUGCUGGAUCUCAGCCACUGUGCUUCAGAACCUCCUGAAACAAGAUGACAGUGCAGAAAUCCCUCAAACUCUGACUGAAAUGUACAUCCACUUCCUGCUGACUCAGAUCAACAUGAGGAAUCAGAAGUAUGAUGGGACAAACCCAGAGAAACUCCUGAAGUCUAACAGAGAUGUGAUUGUGAAACUUGCUGAACUGGCUUUCAAGCAGCUGAUGAAGGGCAAUGUCAUGUUCUAUGAAAAGGACCUGAUUGAGAGCGGCAUAGAUGUCACUGACGCCUCAGUGUAUUCUGGGAUUUGCACUGAGAUCUUUAAGGAGGAAUCUGUGAUUCACCAGAGGAAAGUCUACUGCUUCAUUCAUCUGAGCUUUCAGGAGUUUCUUGCUGCUUUCUUUGUGUUUUACUGCCAUGUUGUUGAAAACAUGAAAUUGCUUAAAUGCUUUAUGGAGACGUGGUACAGGUUCAAUGAAAUCUCUCUGUAUGAGCUACUACAAGCAGUAGUUAUUAAAUGUUUAGGGAAUAAAAAUGGACACCUGGAUCUUUUCCUGCGGUUCCUGCUGGGCAUCUCACUGGAGUCCAAUCAGAGACUCUUACAAGACCUACUAACACGCACAGUGAACAGUUCAGAGAUCAUCAAGAGAAUCACACAGUAUAUUAAAGAUUUCAUCCAGGGUGAUCAACAUUUCUCAGCUGACAGAUGCAUCAAUCUGUUCCUCUGUCUGCUGGAAAUGAAGGAUCAGACUCUGUACAGAGAGAUUCAGGAGUUUGUGAAAUCCGAGAAUCACUCAGUGAGGAAACUCUCUCCUGUUCAAUGCUCAACAGUUGCCUACAUGUUUCAGAUAUCAGAGGAGGUGCUGGAUGAGUUUAAUCCGAGAAAAUACAACACAUCAGAUGAGGGUAGAAGGAGACUGAUACCAGCUGUGGUGAACUGCAGAAAAGCUCUACUUGCUUACUGUAUUCUCAAUGAUCAGUGCUGUGAACGUUUGUCUUCAAUUCUACAAUCAUCAAACUCUUCAUUGAGAGAGCUGGACCUGAGUCAUAGUGAUCUGUGGGAUUCAGGAGUGAAGAUUCUGUCUAAUGGACUGAAGAGUUUACACUGUCAACUCAACAUACUGAGGUUGAUAUGUUGUAAUCUCACUGGUCAGUGUUGUGAAAGUUUGUCUUCAUCUCUACAAUUAUCAAACUCACUGAGAGAGCUGGACAUGAGUAACAAUGACCUUCAAGAUCCAGGAGUGAAGCUUCUGUCUGAUGGACUGAGGAGUUCACACUGUCGACUCAACAUAUUGAGAUUAUCUGGCUGUAUGGUGACAGAGGAAGGCUGUUGUUUUCUGGCUUCAGCUCUGAGUUCAAACCCCUCACACCUGAGAGAGCUGGAUCUGAGCUACAAUCACCCAGGACAAUCAUUAGUCAAGCUGCUCUCUGAUCCAAACUGCAGACUGGACAAACUCAAUGUGGAGCAUGGAGGAGAGAUCAGGAUUAAACCAGGGCUACAGAAAUACGCAUGUAAUCUCACUGUGGAUCCAAACACAGCAAACACUCUGCUCAUUCUUUCUGAGAGGAACAGAACGGUGACACACGUGGAAGAGAAGCAGCCAUAUCCUGAUCAUCCAGACAGAUUUGAUAAUUGUCUUCAGGUUCUGUGUAGAGAGAGUCUGACUGGACGCUGCUACUGGGAGGUUAAAUGGAGCACUGGUCAGAUUUUUAUAUCAAUGGCAUAUAAAAGAAUCAAGAGGAAAGGACAGGGUGACUGCUGGUUCGGACACAAUGAAAUAUCCUGGUGUCUGUACUGUGUAAUGAACCGAUUCAUUGUCAAACACAAGGGUGAGAGCAGAUUGUUAUCUCUCAGUUUAAGAUGCUCUAACAGAGUAGGAGUGUAUCUGGACUGGUCGGCCGGCACUCUGUCCUUCUACAACAUCUCUGACACAAAUACACUCACACACAUACACACAUUCUACACUACGUUCACCGAACCCCUCUAUGCUGGAUUUCAGGUUGAUUAUGAGAGUUCAGUUUCUCUGUGUGAGAUGAGUCAACCAGAGAAAUAACUGAGAU